AACGCUUACAAUUUUAAUUUAUUUGAGAAUGGGCGGCGAACUUUAUGUUUAUAACAUUGAUUUACGAGGAAGCCGACUCAAUGCCGUGUGUGCACUUCAGUGCGAAAUCGACAUGCAUUACAAAUUAUUCAAGAAAAUAAAAGUUCUUCAAUAUCCAACUACACUACAAAGAGCGCGCAUAGAAAAAAAAUGUUUUGUUUGGAAACACAAAGUUCACGUGAUUGACCCAGGUAUUUUAUUGUGGGCAUUGCUGCAUCGCGAUUGGCCCACCGAGCGGGGCACGAGCGCCGCCGACAAAUCACGAACCGCUUACACGGUCGCGCGUCCCAAGUCGCCUAGUGUGUUUUUGACAUCGGUAAACGCAGUCGUGAACUUCGGAGCGCAUAGAUACUUUUAUUUAUAGUUUAAAUCGAAUAAAGUCGCUUUGCGUUUGUGAAUACCUGUGCUUAUCCGGGAUACAAUAAAUAUGAGUAUUGCUGCUCUGAUCCAAGCUGCUGAAUACAUCGAAAGGCGCGAUAGAGUGUACUUUGUUGCAGAAGCUGAGCACGGAUACGCGUCGAGUUUACCGGCGUACGAAGAGUCCCGCUCCGGCGGCAGGCGGCCGAAGACCAAGAAAUCGCAGGGCAGCAGGACCACUCAUAACGAGUUGGAAAAAAACAGGAGAGCACAUUUAAGAAGUUGCUUGGAAAAAUUAAAGGAUAUGGUACCCUUAGGCCCCGAAGCGUCGCGACACACAACUUUAGGAUUAUUAACGAAAGCCAAAAGAUUUAUAAAGAGUUUGGAAGAGCGAGAGAAGAGGCAUGUUAGUCACAAGGAGCAAUUGGCGAGGGAGCAGCGCUACCUACAGCGGCGGUUGAACCAGCUGAGCGAUGCACCCAGAGAUUCAAGACUAUCGGAGAGUUCGAUGACGCAUACGCACACAACGCGAGCUGAUUCGCUCUCGUCCUUAGAAUCCUCGUCGUCUGGAGUGUCCACGGCGGAGCGGUCGCCCUCAUCAGUCUCUGAGAGUGAUGAGGUUGACGUGAUCGGCUACACGUCGAACCAGAGCGACAGUGAGUCGUUGGUGUCGGGGCACAGCGGUGACAGCGGGGUGGGCGUGGGCGCGCGGCGACGACCGCGCACGCCGCUCAAGUCGCGCGUCGCCAACGUGCCGCGGACACGCCGCGCCGCUCGCCUCACGAAGCUCGUCUAGGUGGGCGGUGCGCGGCGCGGGACAGCUGCGGCCACGUCGGCCCGCGGCUCACGUUAUAACUUCAUAACGUAAACAAACGUAGGACAUUUUGUUGAUACAUGUACUAAGGCGAAUGUUGUUUAUUGUGACUGAACUCGACGCCGGCGACAUCGCGACCGUUCCACGCGACAGAGUGACUCGGCGGCACACCUACGCCCGCGCCGCAACACACCCACACACACACACACACACUACACAUACACACAUACACACACACACGACACUGUACACGUGAACACACUACACACCUCUGCGAACCAUCACUAAGUACAAAAUUGCCAAAAAUUUAUAUUCAAAGUUUAUUUAUCACAUUUCAGACGAAUUUGUAUUUUUUUUUUCUUAUUAUUCUUUCUAUUUAAUUGUACCGAGCCUGGCUCGUUUGGAUGAGUUGCAAUAUCGUGUAGUCUAGUGGCGCAUGUAUUCCACUGUGUUGAAAACACGUAAUGUGUGCAAAUCUUUAUCUACCAUAAUGUCACUAUAAUUUUUAAUAUUUUGUAUUUCACAUUUACUGUACCGCGAUGUGUGAGGGCGCGUGUCGUGUAUCACUCCCCGUACAAGCACGCGCCGCCCCAACACGCCAUUAUCAAGUGACCAUGAUGUUAUUUUUGUAUUUAUUAUUCAAUUUUUCUAUCGGACAUGUUCGAAUAUAAAUUUUAAAAGUCUAAGAAAAGAAAAUCGUUUUUGAAAAACUCUCUAGGUACUUAUUGUUAUUGAUUUCCACAAAAACAAGUUGCUAUUAUAGUGUAUGUUGUAUAGAUAUAUCAAUUUUAUAUUUUGUAUAUAAUUAUUUUUCUUGUAAAAAUUAAUCAAAUAGAAUUAGAUCUGUGUAUGUUUCCGAUUUGGAGUAAAGUUUUUAUAAUUGGGUUUUAUUAACACAAAACAAAGGGAACCCACCAAAAAUUAUUUUUUUUUUAAUAUUUAAGUCAAUUCUAACGAGAAUUUCCAUCUGAACUCAGGUACUAACACAUUCGGCUAUGAGAAUUAGUUUUAUAAUCGCGUCGAUCGACAUAAGCGUGACCUGGCUGUGGCAAAUAUUUCUUGUUAAAUUAAAAUCUUUAUUUGCAACAAGUUUAUUUACGAAAUUUAUUUUGAAUUCUAUGGUAAGGAAUACAAGGCUUGUAUUUAAGCGCAGGCUACAUGCUACAUGCGGCGUCAUUUAUAUUUCGUAAAUCGUCACUUGGUCCGCCAUAUUGCUCCGACGCUAGAACGUUCGGUUUACGUGAUGUAAACGUCGCUCGCAUCACACACAUACAUUCACUCACUCAUAUGUACUUCUUAUUUUUUAUUGAAAUACGCGGUAGUUGUAGACAAUACGAUAUUAUAUCCUAUGUUAUUUUUGACUCUAUCCCAUUGAGGAUACAGUCCAAAAUGGCAUAAAAAAUCAACUGCUCGUAAAUUCAUCCACUAACCAUCGUAUUGUUAAGUAUUAAUAUUGAAUUAUUAUUAAUGAUCUCACUUCAUUGUCACACAAUAUCGGCUGGGUAAAUGUGUCAUACACCUACUUACUGAUAUAUUCGCCGGAAAAUAAUUCAAAGUGCAAAUAAAACGGAUAUUUUAAUGUUGUACAAAGUCAUUUUAUUGAGCUGACCCAUCUCUCGUAUUGAUAUUAUAUUAUCUUCACUAUCGCGCGUCUCCACAUCGCUGGCUAUCUCCACCGGGCGUGAUGACACAGUUAUUUGGUUGCGAUCCUAAGCUAUGUGGACAUUCAUGUACCAAAAAAGUAAUUUACUAUACACGACUGGAGCUGAAACUAUACAUAAAUGUGUUACAAAAUGAUCACAGAAUAACAUCUCAAUGAGUACAUAUAUAUUUUUGUUAUGAACUAUAUCUUGUAAUAAAUUGUUGAUUCAUUUCUGAAAUGAACGACUGAAUGUUUCAUUGUAUUAUAUUAAUUUUGCAGUAAAUAUCUACAUAUUGGCAUUCGGUGGGGCUUCGUACGAGUCUAUCUCAUUACUUCCUCCUUGCCCGACUGAAUGUAACGUCUAAAUAUAAUUUGCAUAAAAUAUUAUUGUAAAUUGUUUUAGGUAUGGAUGUGUAUAAUAAGGAUAGUUGUAAACGUAUUAUCAUUUGUAAGUAUAAUGUUUGUUUAAUGACAGUUUGAUCUCUUACGGUAAUGUUGCGAGGGCGGUGUGCGCACUGCGCCCCUUGUUGCCAGUUGUCUGUUACUGUUGUGUAGUGGGAGUGCCCUCGACUGAUUCUGUUGUAUCGAACGAUUCCAUCCAUCCGUUAGUUCAAAUGUUCAGCUUACGUAAUGUUAGUGUUGCCAUUGUUAGCGGGGCCGCAGUGCUGCCAGACACCGCCGUCUAUCCAACGCUCAGACUCUAGCCUCUGUCAGAAUAUUUAUAGCAACAAAAUUAUAUUUAUCAUUCGGUUAUUAUUUAUGUAUCACAAAAUUAUUUAAUUUAUUGUUAGAACCGUGCUUUGUCGUUGAAAUCAUACCAGUGUACCAGUGUUUCGCUUCGAAGAAGUCGCGCCGCGACUGCGGGCCUCUAGUAUCGUAGUGCAUAGUUCUGUCCGUAUGUCCGUACGGGUGUCACAUGGGUGCAAGCGGCGACGGGACGCUUUAAGAGUACAAAUUCUGUAUAAGCCCCUCAACUUGUGUGUUAAUUCUAAAUGUUAAUUUUAAAACACGAAACAGGGAGAAGGUAUCGUCAGAAUACGAGUACCGAGUAGCUAGCGCGGGCGACGUCAGGCCAGCGAACCAGUCAGCUCUGCCUUCGGUGUUGUCUCUUCUCAUUACGUUGUCUCUGUAUCCUAUUGCUACAGUGCGCUUGUGUUGCAUCUCUUCCCAUUGUCUCCAGUCGUAGCGUGUCCCACUGUAACGAUAGGGUAUUAGAACGUACGCGCACUGUACGCGCGCACUCUUAUUAGAUAAGAAAUGUGUUAUUAGAAAUGAAUUGCAAUAAACUCGUCACGCCCGCGGCCCGGCUCGCCUCCGCGACCCUUUACUCAACUUAGUCGCUGUAAAAAUUAGUCCGGCGUUGUAAAAAAAUAUCAGUGCAUUUGUAAAUAUUGGAGCCAAAAUUUUUAUACAAAUUAUUUCAUAAAUAUAUUCUUGGACCAAGUUGUGUGCGGGGGCGAGUCGUCGCGCGGGCGGCGGCCGCGGCGACCACUGCCGGGGCGACACUCCCGGGGAGACACUCCCGGAGAGAUAUUGCCGGGGUGACACUCCCAGCGUGACACUCCCGGGGCCGCGCCGCGGCACGCUGCCUCGUCGCGGCGUGCUCGACACGUCGGUCACGCUGACCACGCCGGUCACGCUGGCCACGCUGGUCGAGCACGUCGCGCUCGGGAGCGUCGAUCGUCCGACGCUAUGUGUCGUCGCGGCCAGCCAAUCGUUGUCGGAUCGUAGAGGCAAACAUUAGGUACUAUUGUGACUAUGCUGAUGUGACAUGGCAGCAUUAUUCAAUGUAAUUGACGAAACGUGGCACAUAUAAUUUACUAUAUGUAAAAAGUUAUA